UCGCACUUGCCACUUACGAAUAAUCUCUUUCUAUAUAUUCACACAAUUAUUACAUAAUCCAUCAUCAAUAGAACGCGCUUUUCUUUCCAAGUAACUUCCGUUACUCACCUACCUACCAACAUGUCGCUGCCGGAAUGUUCAGCUACACAACUAGCGCAGCUCAUCGGUCCCAACGCUACAAACGCCGUAGCCGCCGCUGAUUUCAUCUGCAGCCAGUUUACAGCGGUGGGAAAAAGGUUCGUUGACACACAAUACGCGGUGGAUAACACAUAUCUUCUAUUCUCAGCUUAUCUUGUUUUCUCUAUGCAACUUGGUUUCGCUAUGCUCUGUGCCGGUUCAGUUCGAGCCAAAAACACCAUGAACAUCAUGCUUACAAACGUUCUAGACGCCGCCGCCGGUGGGCUGUUUUACUAUCUCUUCGGUUUCGCCUUUGCCUUCGGUGGACCUUCAAACGGUUUCAUCGGAAAACAUUUCUUCGGCCUCAAAGACGUUCCGUCAGAAGCUUUUGAUUACAGUUAUUUUCUUUAUCAGUGGGCUUUCGCCAUAGCAGCCGCCGGCAUCACCAGCGGCUCUAUAGCAGAACGAACACAGUUUGUUGCUUAUCUUAUUUACUCCUCCUUUCUCACUGGCUUUGUUUACCCUGUUGUUUCUCAUUGGUUUUGGUCUAGUGAUGGUUGGGCUAGCGCAACCAACACAAAUAACCUCUUGUUUAGCACCGGAGUCAUCGAUUUCGCUGGCUCCGGUGUUGUUCAUAUGGUUGGUGGUAUUGCUGGUCUUUGGGGAGCGCUUAUUGAAGGUCCGCGAAUUGGAAGAUUCGAUCAUAACGGUCGAGCUGUCACUCUUCGCGGACACAGCGCUUCUCUAGUUGUUCUGGGAACUUUCAUGCUUUGGUUUGGUUGGUAUGGUUUCAACCCUGGCUCCUUCACCAAGAUUCUAAGCUCUUAUGAGUCAGGUACUUAUUAUGGUCAAUGGAGUGCGGUGGGUAGAACGGCGGUGACGACAACACUGGCAGGAUGUACGGCGGCGUUGACUACACUUUUCGGGAAAAGAAUUCUCUCCGGUCACUGGAACGUUACCGAUGUGUGCAACGGACUAUUAGGCGGAUUCGCGGCAAUAACCGCCGGGUGUUCCGUGGUUGAGCCAUGGGCAGCGAUAGUAUGUGGAUUUAUCGCCGCGGUGGUUCUGAUCUCGUGUAACGUACUCGCGGAAAAGGUGCGUUACGAUGAUCCAUUAGAAGCAGCGCAGCUUCACGGAGGAUGUGGCGCGUGGGGUAUAAUAUUCACCGCUUUGUUUGCUAAAAAGGAGUAUGUGAACCAGGUUUACCCGGGUAAACUGGACCGACCCUAUGGGCUAUUUAUGGGUGGUGGAGGGAAGUUAUUAGGGGCACACGUGAUUCAAAUUUUGGUUAUUAUUGGUUGGGUCAGUGCAACCAUGGGUCCUCUUUUCUUUGCUUUGAAUAAAAUGAAGUUGUUAAGGAUCUCAGCUGAAGAUGAACUUGCGGGUAUGGAUCUGACCCGACAUGGUGGUUUUGCUUAUGAAGAUGAGACACAUAAACAUGGGAUUCAUUUGAGGAAAAUUGAUCAUAACUCUUCUUCUACUCCCACUCCCACUCCCACCACAGAUUUGUGAUAACGAUGAUAAUAAUAAUUGAAUUUCAUUUUGUAUUUUUCUUACUUUAAGUUUUUUAUUUAUAUUUUCUAGAUUAGAUUUGUACGGACAUUGUAAUUUUGAUUUUUAUUGGUCGUACAUUACUUUGUGCUAAAGGAUCCAAUUGGAGAUGUUAUAAAAGUUUGGGUGGGUAGUUGUUUGUUGACUAAUGGCAAGUUUGAAAUGACAAGUGGCAGUAAAAAUAUUGGCUCUAGUUCUAGGAAAAUGUUUCGGUGGUUCCUGUGUUCUAUCGUUAGAAUAUUAUGAAGGAGUUUGUGAUGUA